AUGCUCGCAUGCUGCUGCAGCUCGGUGGUGAAUGGGCCAUUCACAUAUUUUCUGCAUGAGCUGCUCAGCUGUGUUUAUGCCAAUCAAGGAGAGAGAGAUGCUUCGCCUUUAGGUCCUUCUCAAUCAGGAUGGCUCUUGCGCAAUUCCCUCACCAUGGCGUGUUGCUAUCAAGUUCAAGGCUUGUUUUCAGAAGAAUGUUUGCAAGCGUGCCUUCAUUUGCGACUCUGGACCCAGACGCGCUAUCAGGCAGCCAGCCAGGCACCGCCUACAAUCUCGUUGGUGGCGAGUGGACGUCAUCUGCAUCGGCAGUGCCUAUCCCGGACCCCCUCACAGGGGAGCCCUUUCUGACCAUCCCCAAUACCCAGCGCGAUGAGUGUGCGCCAUUCAUUGCGAGCCUGAAGAGCGUCCCCAAGUCUGGCCUGCACAAUCCGUUCAAGCACCCUGACCGCUAUGUGGCUUAUGGCGCCAUCUCUGCUCGCGUGGCGGCCAUGCUGCGCGAAGAUGCCACCGCGCACUUCUUUGCCCGCCUCAUCCAGCGGGUGUCGCCCAAGAGCCUGCCGCAGGCGCUGGGGGAGGUGGUCGUCACGCGCAAGUUCUUCGAGAAUUUCUCGGGGGACCAGGUCCGCUUCCUGGCGCGCUCGUUUGCCAACCCUGGGGACCACUCCGGCCAGCAGAGCAGCGGCUUCCGCUGGCCGUUUGGAGCGGUGGCGCUGAUCACGCCGUUCAACUUCCCGCUGGAGAUCCCCGCGCUGCAGCUCAUGGGCGCGCUCUACAUGGGCAACAAGCCGCUGCUCAAGGUCGACUCCAAGGUGAGCAUUGUGAUGGACCAGUUCCUGCGCCUGCUGCACGCCGCGGGCAUGCCCCCCGCCGACGCCGACCUGCUGCACUGCGACGGGCCCACCAUGCACCACCUCCUCCUCCAGGCGGCGCCGCGCAACACGCUGUUCACGGGCAGCAGUGCGGUGGCGGAGCGGCUGGCGGGGGACCUGCGCGGGCGCGUUCGCGUGGAGGACGCCGGGUUCGACUGGAAGGUGCUGGGGCCGGACGUGGCGGCGGCGGAGUACGUGGCGUGGCAGGCGGACCAGGACGCGUACGCGUGCAGCGGCCAAAAGUGCUCCGCGCAGUCCAUCCUGUUCAUGCACCAGAACUGGGUGGAGGCAGGCCUGGAGCAGAAGCUGGCUCAGCGCGCCGCGCAGCGCCACCUCGACGACCUCUCCAUCGGGCCCGUGCUCACAUGGACCACCCCCCAGCUGCUGGAGCACAUUGCCGCGCCGUUGCGCGGGCACCGCAUCCCGCCCGUGUACGGCGCCAUUGAGCCGACGGCCGUGUUCGUGCCGCUGGAGACGCUGCUGGGGUCGGAGGAGGCCUUCCGCCUGGCCACCACGGAGGUGUUCGGGCCCUUCCAGAUCCUGACGGCGUACACGAGCGCGCAGCUGCCGGCCGUGCUGGAGGCCCUGGAGCGCAUGCACGCGCACCUCACCGCCGCCGUCGUCUCCAACGACGCGCUCUUCCUGCAGGAGGUGCUGGGCAGCACGGUGAACGGCACCACGUACGCGGGCAUCAGAGCACGCACCACGGGGGCGCCGCAGAACCACUGGUUCGGUCCUUGCGGCGACCCGCGGGGUGCCGGGAUUGGGACACGGGAGGCCAUCCAGCUGGUGUGGUCGAGCCACCGCGAGAUCAUCCACGACGUGGGGCCGGUUGCAGAACACUGGACGGCGCCGCCUCCCACAUAACUGCAGCCCACGCAGUGCUUCCAUCACGCAGAGUGCUCGAGCAAGUGCACUGGGCGGGUCGUAUCCCCGCUUGAAGGUAUCAAGAGCUUUUGGCUGAGUUCAGGCCUAUGCUGUCGUGCUUGAAAAGCGCAGACACCCUUCCGGCUUGACAAAUCCGCACAAUAAGGUUGUAUGGAAUAUGUUACCUGAAAGUUAGCACGCUCGAGCAUAUAUCAUGAAGAGUUGGCAUUGCUGUCUGCAUAUUUGGGGAAGAGUGCGAACGUUGUAAAAUUCGAGUCAAAACGGCUUAAAAAUCCGGGCGACAUCAGCACAAAUUGACUAUCAUACACAUGGUAAGUAUCCUUGCACAUGGCCAAGCCGGUUCCUGGCCAUAGAGGGGACCUUAUUAAGGCGUUGAUGUUGCUGUCGUGGUCUCUCGCGGGACUGCAGUUGCGGCUUGAAGUCAUCACAGACCUUUUGCAUUGAGAACAUGCAGAGACCACAAAAUCUGCGUCCGUGCUGAAUUCAUUUGAUAAUUCAUAGUAAUCAAUCUGACAGGUGCAUUUGUCUGCAUCUUUAGCACCAGCCUGGCAGUACAAGGCAAUGUGCAUUCACACUGAAGAACCAUAUGAGCG